GGCGGCCUGGUCGUCGACGGCGGCGGCGGCGGCGUCCGAGGAGCCCGGUGCUGUGGUGGCCACGCGCGCCCGGCCCGCCCUUCGCCUCUUGGCCUCCGCUGCCCCUCGGCUUGGCGCGCCCGGGCCCCGCCCCAGGCCUCGCGAUUCCUCGCAGCCCGGCUCCGGCCGCCCUCUUCCGCCGCCGCGAUGAUGAUGAUGGCGCUGAGCAAGACCUUCGGGCAGAAGCCCGUCAAGUUCCAGCUGGAGGACGACGGCGAGUUCUACAUGAUCGGCUCCGAGGUGGGAAACUACCUCCGUAUGUUCCGAGGUUCUCUGUACAAGAGAUACCCCUCGCUCUGGAGGCGGCUAGCCACUGUGGAAGAAAGGAAGAAAAUAGUUGCAUCGUCACAUGAUCAUGGGUACACGACCCUCGCCACCAGCGUGACUCUGUUAAAAGCCUCAGAGGUAGAAGAGAUCCUGGAUGGCAACGAUGAGAAGUACAAGGCCGUGUCCAUCAGCACGGAGCCCCCCACCUACCUCAGGGAACAGAAAGCCAAAAGGAACAGCCAGUGGGUGCCCACCCUGCCCAACAGUUCCCACCACCUGGACGCCGUGCCAUGCUCCACCACCAUCAACAGGAACCGCAUGGGCCGGGACAAGAAGAGGACCUUCCCCCUCUGCUUUGAUGACCAUGACCCAGCUGUGAUCCACGAGAACGCGUCCCAGCCCGAGGUGCUGGUCCCCAUCCGCCUGGAUAUGGAGAUUGACGGGCAGAAGUUGCGGGACGCCUUCACCUGGAAUAUGAACGAGAAGCUGAUGACCCCAGAGAUGUUCUCAGAGAUCCUCUGUGAUGAUCUGGACUUGAACCCGCUGACGUUCGUACCAGCCAUCGCCUCUGCCAUCAGACAGCAAAUCGAAUCCUACCCGACGGACAGCAUCCUAGAGGACCAGUCAGAUCAGCGUGUCAUCAUCAAGCUGAACAUCCACGUGGGAAACAUCUCCCUGGUGGACCAGUUUGAGUGGGACAUGUCAGAGAAGGAGAACUCGCCGGAGAAGUUUGCCCUGAAGCUGUGCUCGGAGCUGGGGCUGGGCGGGGAGUUCGUCACCACCAUUGCCUACAGUAUCCGGGGACAGCUGAGCUGGCAUCAGAAGACCUACGCCUUCAGCGAGAACCCCCUGCCCACGGUGGAGAUUGCCAUCCGGAACACAGGCGACGCUGACCAGUGGUGCCCGCUGCUGGAGACCCUGACCGAUGCCGAGAUGGAGAAGAAGAUCCGCGACCAGGACAGGAACACAAGGCGGAUGCGGCGUCUGGCCAACACUGCCCCAGCAUGGUGACCCUCCUGCCACCAUCAGCUCCCGCGGAGCAGCAGCAAGGUGCAAGAUCAAGAUCGGACCACUCCCCUUCCUCUUCUGGCUGCAGGGGAGAGGUGGGGCUGGCCUGGUGUCACCCAAAGGAACUGGGCGGGGGCAGGGGGCCUCUGACUCACCCUCCCCCACCACACAUUCCACUUGCUGAGCCCCAGUCCUGUCGCACCACCCUACCCCUUAGUCCCUACCCCGACGUCUGGGGUCAGGAAGAAGCCUUUUGGGUUGUGUUUUGUUUUUGUAUAGGAGCCCCAGGCAGGGCUAACAAUACUUUUCAAAUAAAAGGUCAUAUUCAAGUUCUUCAAAACA